AUGGCUAUGUUAAAGAAGUUUGAGUCAAAAUCAGCUAGAGUUAAAGGAAUUUCUUUUCAUCCGACUCGUCCUUGGGUACUGGCUUCACUGCACAGCGGUUUGAUACAGCUUUGGGACUACCGUAUGUGUGUGUUGAUUGAUAAAUAUGACGAGCAUGAUGGUCCUGUUCGAGGAAUAGCAUUCCAUAAUCAGCAACCAAUUUUUGUGUCUGGAGGGGAUGAUUACAAAAUUAAGGUUUGGAACUACAAACAGCGGCGCUGUUUGUUUACUCUUCUCGGUCAUUUGGAUUACAUCCGAACUACAUUUUUUCACAAUAAUUAUCCUUGGAUUAUCAGUGCGUCUGAUGAUCAAACAGUUAGAAUUUGGAAUUGGCAGAGCCGUAACUGCAUUGCCAUUAUAACUGGUCAUAAUCAUUAUGUCAUGUGUGCGCAGUUCCAUCCUUCUGAGGAUCUUGUUGCAUCUGCUUCUCUUGACCAGACUGUACGUAUAUGGAAUAUAUCUGGUUUAAGAAAAAAGAAUGUCUCACCAGGGUCUGGUGCAGCUUUCACUCGUUCGAAGACUGGCUCUGCUUCUCAAACAGAGUUGUUUGGGCAACCUGAUGUUGUUGUGAAGCAUGUGUUGGAAGGACAUGAUAGAGGGGUAAACUGGGUUGCUUUCCAUCCCACUAUGCCUUUGCUUGUUUCUGGUGCUGAUGACAGGCAAGUUAAACUUUGGCGGUAUAACGACACUAAAGCAUGGGAGGUUGAUUCUUGUCGUGGCCACUACAACAAUGUUUCUUCCGUUCUAUUCCAUCCUAAAGCUGAACUUAUUCUGUCUAAUUCUGAGGACAAGAGCAUUCGUGUGUGGGACAUGCAGAAGCGAACAUGCUUGCACACUUUCAGGCAUGAUAACGAUCGAUUUUGGGUGCUCGCUUCUCAUCCUACUUUAAAUACUUUCGCAGCAGGCCAUGAUAAUGGGAUGAUAGUAUUUAAAAUUGAAAGAGAGCGUCCAGCGUUCUACGUUCAUGAAAGCCUUGUGUUUUACGUCAAAGAUAGGCAGCUUAGAAGAUUGGAUUUGACAAACGACAAAGAUGUGGCGCUUACACAGUUGAGAGGGAAGAAGUUAACCUACUCUUAUUAUUCGUUGCACUACAAUCCAGCUGAAAACGCAUUUCUUCUUGUUACUCGUGCUCCGAAUUUGGAGAACUGUACUUACGACAUGUAUAAGGAUGCUCAUGAAAAUUCACCUAUUGAUCCCGCAGAGGUUAAACUUUCAAGUGGAGUGGCUGCAGUAUGGGUUGCUCGAAAUAGGUUUGCUGUACUUGACAAGAACCAACAGAUUACAAUUCGGGAUUUAUCAAACAGAGAGAAUCGUAAAAUAGAACAAAAUGCUGCAGUUGAAGAUAUUUUUUAUGCAGGCACAGGAUUGUUACUGCUCAAGAACAGUGAGGGUAUACAGCUGUUAGACGUUCAACAGAAGAGGGUUACUGCGGCUGUUAAGGUUUCAAAGGUCAAAUACGUUAUUUGGUCUAAAAACAUGGAGUAUGCCGCUUUACUCAGUAAGCAUGUCUUGACCUUGGUCAAUCGGAAACUUGAGGUUCUUUGCACUGUCCAGGAGUCAACACGUGUUAAAAGCGGGGCAUGGGAAGAGGGUGGUGUAUUUUUGUACACCACAAGUAAUCAUAUAAAAUAUGCCCUCACAGCGGGGGAUUAUGGCAUUAUUCGUACUUUAGAUCUUCCUGUAUAUAUUCUUGCCAUCCGAGGAGAACGUCUUUUCUGUUUGAAUAGAGAGGCGACUCCUAUCGAAAUAUCUAUUGAUCCUACUGAGUAUAAAUUUAAACUUGCUUUAAUCAACAGACGGUAUGAUGAGGUGUUAAAUAUGGUUCGCACUGCAAACAUGGUUGGUCAGUCAAUCAUAGCAUACCUUCAAAAGAAAGGAUACCCUGAAGUUGCUCUUCAUUUUGUUAAGGACGAGAAGACUAGGUUUGGCUUAGCGUUGGAGUGUGGAAAUCUUGAAGUGGCACUUGAAGCAGCUAAGGUUCUUGAUGACAAAGCUGUUUGGGAGGCGCUUGGACAAGCCGCUCUUCUUCAGGGCAACCACCAGAUUGUUGAAAUGUCUUAUCAGCGUGCAAAAGACUUUGAAAAACUAGCGUUCCUUUAUUUGAUCACCGGGAAUAUGGACAAAUUGAGGAAGAUGAUGAAGAUUGCUCAGAUAAGAAAGGACCAGAAUGGAAAUUAUGAAACUGCGCUCUUGCUUGGAGAUAUCCAAGAACGGAUUAGACUACUGAAAGAAAUUGGCCAAAUUUCGCUCGCAUACUUGACUGCUGCAACUCACGGGUUUACUGAGGAAGCUAGUCAGUUAGAAGCUGACCUAACUGCUCGGGGUCAGAAGUUACCGGAAAUUGAUCGGGAGAAAGCAGUACUUCUUGUACCUCCGCCACCCAUACAACAGAUGGAAGAUAAUUGGCCUUUACUAACAAUGGUACAUGGACCAUUCGACAUGCAGUUAUUAGGAAGGGGGAAGGUGGCAGGUGCUGGAGAUGCCACAGUUAAAGGUCGUAGUGCAUUUGAACACACCGAUGAACUUGACGAAGAAGCAGUCGGUUGGGGUGGCGACGAUCUUUUGUUGGAUGAAGAGGGUAAUCCUGAGGUUGAUGAGGAAAUGUUCUCUGGAGACGAGAUGAAUGAGCAAGAGGGAGGCUGGGAUGUUGGAGAUGACUUAGCCUUACCGGCCGAAGUGGAAGUUCGUGGUGGUUUUGAGGAUGAGGAAGGCUUUUAUUCACCACCGGUUAGGGGCCACCCUCCGUCAGCCAACUGGCCGAAUAUUUCCAGACUAGUAGCGGACCAUGUUAAAGCUGGUGCAUUCGAAAGUGCUGCUCGUUUAUUGGAGGAACAGUUAGGCAUCACAAAUAUCAAACCUUUCGAACAUCAGUUUCUGAUGGUUUAUGCCCAGUCGCGGACUGCUUUCGAAGGCCUUCCGAGUGCUGGCACAAACUUUGUGUGCUUGUUACGGAAUUGGCAAGAAGCAUCUUUGAAAAAUGGCCUUCCUGCUCUCGGUCUGCAUUUGAGUGACCUUGCCAAUCGUUUACAAGGUUGUUACCAUCUUACAACGGCAGGAAAAUUUACUGAAGCAAUAUCAAAGCUUAGGCAACUUUUGUUGGCAGUUCCGUUGCUGGUCGUUGAUACCAAACAAGAAGUAGUUGAAGUGCAACAACUGAUUGAUAUUUGUCGGGAAUAUCUUGUUGGAUUGCUGUUAGAAACUGCUCGUAAGGAGUUACCUAGAGAUAGUAUAGAGAACGCAAAAAGAAAUGCCGAAAUGGCUGCUUACUUUACACACUGUCAGUUACAACCAGUCCACCAGAUACUGACACUUAGGACUGCAAUAAAUUUGUUUUUCAAGUUAAAACAAAUGGCUACUUGUGCGUCUUUCUGUAAGCGACUUCUCGAACUCGGCCCUAAACCGGAAGUUGGUGCUCAGAUUCGUAAGGUUCUCGCUGCAGCCGAAAAGGAUUCCAAAGAUACUCAUCAGUUGAAUUAUGAUGAGCAUAAUCCUUUCGUUGUCUGCGCAAGGUCUUUUACUCCUCUUUACCGUGGAAAACCACAGACAAGAUGUCCAUUCUGCGGGGCUUCAUAUUCUCCUAAUUUUGCUGGGGAAUUGUGUAAUGUUUGUGAAGUAGCUGAGAUUGGAAAGGAUGCAGCCGGUUUGAGGAUUAGCGUGGUUCAAGGUAACAAAUAA